AUGCAACAGCAUCGCCUACAUGGUGAUGGCUGCUCGGGGGCAACACUGUACGCUGCACAACAACAAAACAUUCAAAUAUUCCAAAAUCGUACGCCACAAAGGCAGCUGCAAGCGGGCAAUGAUUGCAGUGUGGAACAGCAACAGCCGGUGGAAACUGAUGCAAUAAAAAAAGCUAUUACAAGUUGUACAGUGACAGUGAUGACUACUACCCAGCGGCAAGUGGUGGGCGAUGUGGUGACAGAAAGUGCAGCCGGAAUGCCUACACAAUCAGACAAGCAGCAGGAAAUGCCAGCCGCCCCGCCGACGUCGACGGAAGCUGACAGCGAAAGUGAAGGACGCCUGGCGGCAGAGGAUAACAGCAAAGUGCCAAUCAGUAAGCCCAGCGCGGAUAUCAAUGGGUCACAUUCGAAAUAUUCGUACACGAACGUCACUGGAGCACUGGAGGCAGGAAGCAUUGAGCAAAGUAAAGAUAAUGCUAAUAAAAGCUUCACCAACACCAACACCAACACAGUCAAAGCAAGAAUCAGUAGAAUGCGAAGAAUGCGAAAAGUAGCGGCGCUGAACAUGGAAUCGACCACAGUGACGACCCCAAUUCCGUUUGCUAACGCUUCCAUUACCACGGCAACGGUAAGCUUUGGCGGCAAGCAGUUGAAUGCGAGAAAUUUAAAAAACUCCAAGAAUCUCGUCAACUCCGAGCAUUUGGCGUACGAUUUUAAAGCGAAUGUAGCAAAAUUAUUUGCAAAUGAUGCAGCUGUUGAAUCGGCAGCUAAAAACAGCAGCAAUGAGGGUUUCGAAACUAAUAUUCGUAGUGUUGAAAUGCUGGACAAAAUAGAGCGUGAAGUCGGCAGCAGCAGUGGCAGUAGUAACAACGAAAGCAAUGGCCUAAAUAAUAACAAGCAAACUAUGAACAAUGUAGGCAACAUAAAGAAUACUAAUAACAACCACAUUGAAAUUAAUUACAAUGGCAACAAACUCAAUCCUGUCGAGCAGCCGCUUCCUUCGAGUGCCGGCAUUGCCGAGAGUGCUGAAGCUGCUGUUAUGGCUGCUACUGUUGAGGUUGCCUUAAGUUCUAAUUUUGCUGAUGACACUUCAGUUCAACUAGCAGCUGUGGGAGCCAUGUUGCACACAAAUGAGCGGCGUCACAUUGUGCCCGAGAAACUACAAUACACCAAAGAGAUAAACAUCAAACAGGGACGCCUAAUGGGCAUCACUCGUAAUUUUCAUUCGUCGACAGGUUUACGUGACGUUGAUCAAUAUCUGGGCUUGCCAUAUGCUGAGGCGCCGGUAGGAAGUCGUCGCUUUAUGCCACCAGGUGCACCCCUGCCGUGGCAAGGAUUGAAAAUCGCACGGCAUUUUCCGCCCGUCUGCCCACAACAGCUGCCCGAUGUUACGGCGCAGGGAAGUGUGAAAAUGUCACGCGGUCGUUACAAGCAAUUGACACGUCUGCUACCUUACCUGAAGACAGAAAGUGAGGAUUGUCUAUAUCUGAAUGUGUAUGUGCCAAGAGUGGAUGGUAUAUUCGAUUCAAUGUCCGCCUACGAUAUGGACACAUCCGUAAAACGCUUACCAGUGAUGGUGUACGUGCAUGGGGAAUCUUUUGAAUGGAAUAGUGGUAAUCCUUAUGAUGGUUCGGUGCUCGCAAGCUAUGGUCAAGUCAUUGUUGUUACCAUCAAUUAUCGGCUUGGAGUAAUGGGAUUCCUGAAGCCAAGCAUUGACGAGAAUAUGGUGGCGAAUUUCGGACUACUUGAUCAAAUUGCCGCAUUGCAUUGGAUUAAAGAAAAUAUCGCCUCGUUUGGCGGCGAUAAAGAUAGCGUCACGCUCAUGGGACAUAGCACAGGCGCGGCGUGUGUUAAUUAUUUAAUGAUAUCGCCUGUUGCAUCCGGACUCUUCCAUCGGGCAAUUCUUAUGUCGGGCUCCGCCAUGUCAGACUGGGCGGUCAGUAAUCAUUCGCUUCAACUAACUAUGCAAAUUGCUCACACACUGAAUUGUCCUUUAAACGAUGACAACGAGGAGAUGCUAUCCUGUUUGCGUCAAAAACGCUAUCAGGACAUCUUAAAAAUACCAACAUCAUUUCCCCAAUUUUCAACUUCAUUGGGUCCAAUUGUGGAUGGCCAUGUGAUACCAAAUCAACCAUACAAAGUGAUGGGACAAUAUACAGAACAUUUCAGUCGCUAUGAUUUAUUAUUUGGCGUCACCGAGUCCGAAUCAUAUCACACGCUGGGCGCAUUAGCACUCGACGAAGGAUUACGUGAAAAUGAACGCGAUAAUUUAUUGCGUUUCUAUAUGCAAACACGAUUUGAUGUUCGACCCGAUCUAGCAUUGGCUGCCACACUCAAGAAAUAUGAAGAUAUGUACAACAAUCCAAAUAAGGCGACAAAUCAGGAACAUCGAGAUCUUGUGCUCGACAUACUCUCCGAUGCACGUGUUGUUGGUCCACUAAUGCAAACCGGGCUAUUUCAUGCAGAUGUGAAUCGUCGCAAUUAUAUGUAUGUGUUUGGACAUAAUAGCGCCACCGGACCACAUGCCAGCUUGCCGCACAGCAUUACAGGCGAAGAGUUGGCCUUCAUUUUCGGUGCACCACUUGCACCGGCCGGUCCCUUUCCCAGCAAUUCGUAUGGUGCACAGGAAAAGCUGCUCUCCGAGGCCGUCAUGACGUACUGGACGAAUUUUGCAAAAACAGGCAAUCCAAAGGCUCCUUGGAAGGGUAACUUUAUUAAUUUGCAUGCCUUAGAAUGGGACCGCUACGAUCUCGAUUGGCCUGAAUUUAACAAACGUACACAAGCCUACAUGAAUAUUGGCAUACCACCAUCGAUUGGCUACAAGUACCGGCAAAUCUACAUGAAUUUCUGGAACAAAGAGCUACCCGAUGAACUGAAUCAAAUCGCAAACAUACAAAGACAACCUAGUGGAGGUGGCAGCGAAGUAAUAACCGGGCACAUGAGUCAAUUUGGCACACGUGAUAAUGGUGCCGAGGAUCCGGUACGCACACUGAAACUGCUACUCCAGGAGCCAUGGAAAAUGGGUGGCAGCAGUGAGGCAGGCGCCAGCAGUACGAAUGGUGGAGGCGUGGUAGGCAUGGAAACUUUGGCGGAGAAUAUGUAUAAUGCGCCACCGACCUUUGGCGUAGCCAAGCAUGCGGAUGAUGAGAAGCUCUAUGCGUUAACCGCCGCAGGAAAUGCCGCAAGCAUUGGUAGUGCCAGUAGUGCAGGCAACAAAGAGGAAGUUGCCAAAUCAGAGACGACAAUACAACUGCUCAUCGGACUGAUUGCCGUUUUUAUUGUGCUCAAUGUCAUCAUCUACUCAACCUUCUUGCUGCAGAAGAAGAAGAAGGCGCACAAAAUGCAACGCAAGCUAGGCGGCAUACUCAGCUAUGACGGCACUACCGAUGAUGAGUUCAAGCGCUCAAAGCAAAAUGACGGAGAUGAAAGCUACAUACUGGAUAUUGUACGCAAAUCGAACACAUAUGAAGCGGUGAAAACGGAACGUUCACCCAUCAAUGGUUUUCAAAUGACACGGCAGCUAAGCACAUCGACUGUCGAUGCGCACACAAAGGUAUGCGCUUGGAUGUCGGCUGCCGCAGGUGCCGCAGCGGAGGCGAAGGCAUGCGCCGGUGGUGGUGGUGCCGAUAGUUCCAAAGGUGGUUCAAAGAAAUCAUCAUCGCCCACUUUCUCUUCGCUACGCAGCAGCAGCGCCGGUGGCAGUUUCAAACAGCCAGUGCAGCCACCGAAAGUGAGUGUCGCCGUGGAUGCCACACCACAGACGCGCAGCAGCAGUGUGCUGGAACAGGAGCCCAUUGAGGCGCUUAAGCUGAAGGCAGAUGGCCGAAAUAUAAUAAUAUGCCAGGAAGUGGAGGUGGUCGAUCAGGAGCUGCUCACGCCACAAAAUUCGCUCGAUAGCUCGCGCUAUACGCUUGUGCGUCAGCACUCAGCUGCCACCGAGCCGUGCGAGGCAGAAUUACCACAACAGGGACAAUUGCCGAUAUACAAGCAAACACCGCAGCAUGCGCAUUCGCAUUCCGACCCCGUCGACAUGCAGCACUAUUAUAGCAGCAUAUGCGGCACCACCGAGCAAGAUGAGAAGGUGACCAGCUUUGUGGGCGAGGAUAUAAAUGUGACUAGUCGCGAUGACGACGACGCUGCAGCGCUCGCACAUGCACUCACACCUGCGCAGCAACUGCAAGUUAUUAAAAGUCGUAAUUAUCCAAAAGUUUUGCCCACAACGAAAACAACAACCACAACAACAACCAACGCUGAUGUGAAAUUUCUUGCGAGUGCAGACGAUUCACCACCUAUGACGCUCGAUUUGCGCACCACCAACAAACGCAAUUCACUGCCGCCCAAUAGUUUUCUGCCACAUUUUGGCAGCACCAUGGGCGGCAGCAUGGGAACGCGCUACCCGCCGUUGCCACCACCUCGCACCAUCUCCACACUGGGACGUAAGCCUUCGCAGCGUCGCAACAGCAGCAAUAUUACAACAUCGCCGCUGAUGUUGGCACACGAUUGCACAGCUGAGGAAGAAGAAGAACCACCAAUCACGCAGAAUACGCUUAUUGUGGGCCCCUUAAUACCACAGCAGAAGCAAAAGAUGUGUGGUGGCGCUGCUGAUGCUAAUUACUCGACGCUUAAGCGAAAUGAGGCAGCCACAACCGACAAAGCUGCGGUGGUCCUUAAUAGCCUGCCAAGUAGUAGAGUGGAAGAUGCAAAGACGACGCAGACAACAACAGCAAUGCAUAGCAUAUCUGGCGCGUCAUUAGCGCCAACCAACACUCAAAUCGGCUCAAAGACGCCUACGUUUACGACAGCAGGUGUUACGGGCGUAACAACAUUCUUAAGUAGCGGCGCUGAUGCUGGCCUACAAAGCUUCGAAAGUCGGCCAAUUUCCUCCGUGGGAGUGGACGAUAAAUUUGAGCAACAACAACAACAACAAAAUGAGAAACAACAACCUACACAUCAUACAGAGCGGGUUUACGCAAUACAACAGCCAGCUACAGCUAAUUUGCUAGCCAUGCAAACAGGAAGCCAGACAGGAACAGCAACAAAUGUGACACCUACCUUAUUUACAGCCCCAGUAAUGAAUUUGACAGGCCAUCAAAAUGUUGGUGUACACAACAAUAUGCCUACUAAGAGGAACAACAGCAACAACAACAGCAAGGGUAUUAAUGCUGACAUCAGUGACAUUUAUGCGCAGCCCAACAAGUCGGCCAUUAAAGCAAAAACAAAUUUGACAGCGCCCAAACUGAGUGCGCCGGCUGAGCAAUCGAAAACAACACCAGCAACCAGUGCAAGUAAUCCCUCAGCAUACCAACAAAAAACAUCUACAAUCGGUGCAAUAGCCGCUCUGGCGCGAUUACCGGGCUACACAACAACAGCCGCUGCAGCACUGAAGCCAUUUGCUACUACCGAUGAGGCAGCAGCAAAGGCAAGUCAAAUGGAAACAGCAACAACAACGCAUACUACCGAAAUGACAGCCGCCAACCUGGAUGCAACGCAAUUGACAAAUAGUGGCGUCGACAAACAGGUGACAGCUAUGAGUAUGCAAACAAUGGAAUCACUGGCAGCAGAAGCGACAGCAACAGCAACUCCGAAAGCUUUAGCUACAAACAACACAAAAGCAACGGGCGUGGGAGGAGGAGGAGGCGGCGGAACUGCAACAGCAUUGCCACAUAUGCUUAACAUAGCUGGGGUUGGCAGCUUACAAGCACAAUUAGAUGCCCAAAAACAACAAUCACAACAACAGCAGCAAAGCAGACUGCUAUCACCAACAUCGACAUCAACUGCCGCAGCAAUGGACAAAACAACAACAAUGACAGCGCGCGUUACACCUGUCAGUUGCAUGUCAACCAUCACAACGGCAGCAACACCAACAACUGGAACAACGACGACAAUAGCAAAUGCCAUUGCUGCACAAUUGGCACAAACAAAGCCUUUAAAAGCAGCGCUGGCGGCAAAUAAUUUCAGAGGGGCAUUAGUAGCAUCGCAAACAUCGAUACUUGAUGGCGCUGACAGUGGUGCAGCUAGUACCGCGCGUGAUUCCUGCCACAGCUCAGUGUCAACGAGUUCAGCUGGCUCUAGUGCGGACUCGACAUGCUCAUCAGCCUCCUCAGGCUCAGCGACAUCUUCCAAUGCGUCAGCGGCAACUGGCACCUCAUCCACUUGCUCGUCAUCAUCGUCCACGGGCACUGUGCGCACGGAAUUGAAACAAAAGUAA